GCUAUUUGUUGCUGCACCGCCACCGCCCGAUUUACGGCCCGCGCUUCUCUCUGGCUCCCUUAGCAGCAGCCGCCGCCGCCCUGUGAUCACUGGCUUCACUUCCUCCUCCUCUUUCCGCUGAGCCUCUUGCCUCCUAGCGCUAUGACCGUCGUCUCCGUCCCGCAGCGGGAGCCGCUGGUCCUGGGUAGCCGUCUUGCUCCUCUUGGAUUUUCUGCCCGCGGUUACUUCGGGGCCCUCCCGAUGGUGACCACGGCUCCGCCGCCUUUACCCCGGAUCCCGGACCCCCGCGCACUGCCUCCGACCCUCUUCCUCCCUCACUUCCUAGGGGGAGACGGCCCCUGUCUGACUCCCCAGCCUCGCGCUCCAGCAGCUCUACCCAACUGCAGCCUCGCCACGGCGGUAGGCACCCCUCGUGCAGCACCAAAGAAGCGGCGAAAGAAGAAGGUGCGGGCCAGCCCGGCGGGGCAGCUGCCUAGCCGCUUCCACCAAUACCAGCAGCACCGGCCGAGUCUGGAGGGUGGCCGGAGCCCGACGUCGGGCCAUGGCGGAGCGCAGGAGGUCCCUGGCCAGGCUGCCGCUUUGGUCCCGGGUUCUGCGACCGCAAGCCGAACUGAGGGAGAGAACCCAGUCCCUGCGCCGCUGCUGCCCGCGGCUCCUGGCCAACCCCCGCUCAGAAAAGAGGUUUUAAAAUCAAAGAUGGGAAAAUCGGAGAAAGUUGCCCUUCCCCACGGCCAGCUUGUUCAUGGCAUACACUUGUGUGAACAACCAAAGAUAAACAGACAGAAAAGCAAAUAUAACUUGCCACUAACCAAGAUCACCUCUGCAAAAAGAAAUGAAAAUAACUUUUGGCAGGAUUCUGUUUCAUCUGAUAGAAUUCAGAAGCAGGAAAAAAAGCCUUUUAAAAAUACUGAGAACAUUAAAAAUAUGCAUUUGAAGAAAUCAGCAUUUCUAACUGAAGUGAGCCAAAAGGAAAAUUAUGCUGGGGCAAAGUUUAGUGAUCCACCUUCUCCUAGUGUUCUUCCAAAGCCUCCUAGUCACUGGAUGGGAAGCACUGUUGAAAGUUCCAACCAAAAUAGGGAGCUGAUGGCAGUCCACUUAAAAACGCUCCUAAAAGUUCAAACUUAAAUUUCAGAUUUCAGUAUGUAUGUAAAGCAUAAUUUUUCCCAAAUCCCUGGACUCUUUAAAAGAAAAUUGGUACAGGAAUGGAAACUUGCCUUGUUGCAACGUACAAGUGCAAAAGAUGAGUUUAAAAAAUUACAUACAAGCAGCUUGUAUUAUAUUUUAUAUUUUGUAAAUACUGUAUACCAUGUAUUAUGUGUAUAUUGUUCAUACUUGAGAGGUACAUUAUAGUUUUGUUAUGAAAGUAUGUAUUUUGCCCUGCCCACAUGGCAGGUGUUUUGUAUAUAUACUAUGGAGAAAUUUUAAAUGCGUGCUAAGGCAUAUGGAAGACCGAUUUAUUUGCACAAGGUACUGAGAUUUUUUUCCAAGAAACAGCUGUCAAAUCUCAAGGUGAAGAUCUAAAUGUGAACAGUUUACUAAUGCACUACUGAAGUUUAAAUCUAUGGCACAAUCAUUGUAAACAAGGGGUUUGUCUAUGUUUCUCUAAAUUGAUUUCUGCCUUCUAAUCUGUAAUUACUGGAAAACUCCUGUUCCCAUUUUUGCCAAACUUAAUUUCUGGUUUUUGGUAUAUAUCCGUUCAAAUUUAAAAUGUCUCUAAUUUUAAUGCCAACAAAAUUGGUUGUAAUCAAAUUUUAAAAUAAUAAUUUGGCCCUCCCCCCUUUUAAA